GUUUCUAACCACACAGACGGGCCUGAGUGAGGACAAACCGUACCUGGACCCCUGUAUGCCGGUCGAUCUGUCAGACACAGUUGUGAGAGACAACCGCACGUUGUACCUGAGGGGUCAGGGUGACUGGGCUCGGUGUCAGGAGGCCGUGCGACCCUUCCUGGGUCUCCAUAACGGCACCAUGUCACCAGGGGGCGUCUAUCAGGCUCCCAUCAACUUCAGCAACAGCGAGUUUUACGGCUUCUCGGAGUUCUUUUACUGUACGGAGGACGUGCUGAGGCUGGCAGGACACUAUGACAGCGAGAAGUACUCCAGAGCCGCGAAGGAAUACUGCUCCACCAAGUGGUCGAUACUGAAACAGCGUCUGGACAACAAGCUCUUCUCUCCACAGGCUGACAUAAGCAGACUCAGGUAUCAGUGCUUUAAGUCGGCCUGGAUGUACGAGGUGUUGCACUCCGGCUUCCGUUUCCCCACCGACUACCCGAGUCUGAAAACAGCCCAGCUGGUUUAUGACAAGGAGGUGCAGUGGACUCUGGGAGCCAUCCUGUUCAGAACCCGCUUCCUGCCUCUCAGGGACCUGCAGCAGGAAACGUUGCGGCAGAACCACUCCAGCUGGUUGCGCUCCUCCUUUGUGUACAACCACCACCUGUUCUCGCUCUGCAUCCUGGUGGUGGUACUGGCCAUCCUGCUCUACAUCCUGCGCCUGCGGAGGAUCCACCAGCGGGAGCAGCGGCAGGCCGAGGCCCUGAACCUCCUCUGGGUUGAAGAGGGAGAGGCUCUCCUCCCCUGAGAAAUACAUGUGUGUUGCGGAGCUUCCAGACUGGUAACCUGCAGGGUCUUGUCCAAACCACUAAAACUAAAGAAUGCCAGUACGGAGGACAGAUAAUAGGAACCUGGAAAUUAGUCACCCGCUAAGGGUGUGACUGGGUUAAUGAGGGUAUAUGGGAAGACCCAAGUUUUUACUGCGUGGAAAAACAUCACAGUACAGAGACAGUUUAAUGAGCCUGGAAAUCAAACUGCUCUGUAUAUUCUUGAUUGUGCAGCUUUAAACACAGAGCUCAUCCCCAAUCGGACAGAUGUUCUCUGUGUUUACUUUCUUCUCUUUAAGACCAUUUUGGAAGAAAAGAAUCGACUUGGCAAUUCUCCGAAGAUUCAGUGGAUUGAUAACUGCUGAGUGAGACAGACAGGUGGUAAAACUCCCCGGCAGAGGAGCUUUAACACAGGAAUAUGGAUUUGUUGAAGACCAUUCAACAUUCAUAUGGGAGAGGCUGCCUGAAGGAAAUGCAACUCAUCCCUAAGUGAGCCUGUUAGGAUUCGUUUCUUUCCAUGAAGAAAUAAUUAUGUGGUAGGAAGGUGAUUGCAACACCUGCUAGCAGCGGACGGUCGGUCUGUCCGCAGUGAAACUAUCUCCACCAAUCCAAUGGCUAAAGAGUCUGGCAUCGACAUUCAUCUUCACUUAAUGCUUAAUGGGGCACCACCAAAGUUACAUUUUAAUUCAUGACAUGGAUACCUCCAAAACAUAUCUAUCUUCCUAUAGCUGUACUUUAGACAGUCCUUCCAGGAUUUUGUUUUGCUUUAUUGGUUUUAUUUUUGCAGAACCGUUGAGCCUUCGUUUUUAGGAUAAUUCGUUUAAAAAUUUAAGGCAGCUUGUUCCAGUGAGAAUAAAAUCACCAGUAGUGUGGUGACAUACGGCUCAAUGAAACAAAGAAAUACAGAGCACAAAGUUUAGCUAAGCCUUUAUGUAAAAGUUUAGGCUAAUAGAUCGUAUCGGAUUACACUUCUUUUCCCUUCGUUAUCCAGUCCGGACAGAUACCAGUACCAAUGUUACAGUUGGCUCAACUGUAACAGGAUACUAGUUUUACUCGUAUAGGAGUUCAAUGAAGUCUAACUUAGACUGAAGAAAGCGGAGCAAUAUCUGACAAUGUGGAGCUGAUUUUGACAAGUCUGAAAUGUCCCAAAAUGGCCACUGUACCUUUCAUACACUUCAUAUUGUCUGUAUAAUUUCCUAAACAUCUUUCUUUUGGUGCUCCAGAGUUGUCUACAUCUGUUCCUUUCCUUCAACAUGUACAUAUGAUCUUUGAGUAUCUUCAUCUGACAUCAACCUGACAUUCCCACCUGCGUACAGAGAGAGCAAAGGUAAAGACGCUGUCACUUCGCUGGGAGCUGAUUUUUAUUUAACCUGAAAUCUCAAAAUCCUUCUUUUACCACUACUAGCAGUGGAAACGUUCACACAGCAAAAGUGAUUUAGCAUUGCACUUCAGUGUGCGGUGAUAUCAUCACGAGUGCAGCAUUGCUUUUCUGCCAUCAAAGAUAUUGUUUCAUCUACACCUCUGUACGUCCCGAUGGGAUCAUUUCCUCGAAAGCAAUCCUGCAGAGCGAUGAUGUCAGCUGCCGAGCUCAGGCCUCAGAUUGUGCUUUGAUACUUGAAUGCCACUGUUGUCCUGCCCAGACCCCCGCCAAGCACAGAUUUCUAUCAGAGGAAAGACGGAGCCAGGAGGCAUUUUAGCCUGAAACAAGCGGAGAGAUCUGCUCAGUGUUUGGAUGAAGGCGCUGAAAGCAGACGAAGACCCCGGAGGCCUGAUUAAAGCAGAUGCCGUCUGAUUUCUGAACGCAAUAACUCCAUGAAAGGGAAGAAACUUGUCUCUUGCCAAUGACCAAAAUGGAGGCUGGGCCGUGGCAAGAAGUACAGAAAAGAUCUAUGGUUUUCAAAAUGAACUACUUUAAAGCCAUUUCUGAGGAAAAAAGCCUUACCCUGAGAGAAGGGGUCUAUUUUAUUCAGUUUUUAUGUCUACUGUAUUUCAUAGCUGUAAAUGAAGCCACUGCUUUCUAGCUGUUGUUUUUUUGUGACUCGUGGCAUUAUGUGCUGACAGACUGAUGCACCAAACCAUGACGAUGCAAAUAUGUGUCUGAGCAGCACCUGGUGAAACUUCCUGAGAAGUUACAUAAUGUGUCGAUCCCACAGUGGGAGAUUUUAUAUAUCUGCAUUUAAUUUGUAAUUAAUUGUACUGAUUUCAGUCAGAUGUGUGGGACGUCAAACUAAAUGAUCAUCAGACCAUGGUUUUUAAAAAAAAAAAGCUGUUUUGUAACCUGUGGUGCUGAUGUUGUAAAAAAAAAAAGAAAAGAAAAAAGAGAGAUGGAAACUGUCUGGGAACGAGACAACUUCUGUACUGUGUGUUUGUAACCUUCGUCUCCUCAUCUGUACUUCAAAAACACUUUUCCACUUGUGAAUCCUGGACCAGCUGUGUGAGUUUCUGAUGCAGAGGCUAAAAGUCUGAACGCUGACAGUGAUUUCUGUUUUAUUUCCUCAUCUACCUUCCACUGUAAGGUAACUGUGGACCUCUUUCUGAUUCAUUCUGUCGCUCUGUUUUGACUCCUGACACGGGACCAGCAGUUGGGUCCGUCUUUCCAGCGCUGGGCAUUGUGCAAUGUUGAACAGUAAUUCACUGAAGGGGAAACUUGACUUUGAUGUUUUUAAUUAAGGUACCUUUUAACAUCAAUGUGAAUAGAAACAAUUCCAGUCCAAUAAAGGAUCAUUUUUAAUUAAAUCAGUUUUGUGUGUAGUCUGUCAGGAUUUAGGGGCGGUUAAGCCUUCAGCACUGUCUUGCAGGCAAUCUCAACCUUUAUGCCCCCAUCAAUCAACGUUCACAGAGGUCAGAAAUGAUGGAACCCUUCGGUCUUGUGGUGAAAAGAGGAAUGUCACCUUUGAGAAAACAAUCUCACCACAAGAUCCAUUUAGUGGCUUCUCAGUGACUUUUUCCUGAGCACUCAUGAUGGAAAAGCUCCAGACAACUGGGAUAUGAUCAAAAGCUCUACAACAGCUACUAGAUGGAACUUGUGAAAUUGUUUUCUUAACUGCUUUUCCAGGAUCAAGUCUGUAUGAAUCUCAAUAAUGUACUUGUUUUAGAGUUGUUGUUUAGGAGUUUAGACGUUUGAGACAUUUACAUCCACUGGAUGUUUGGAGGGUGUGAACUUGAACUUUCACUUUGGAUUUUCUGUCACUUUUUGUGAGUAUAACAGUAAAAUUAUGAACGCCUUCUAGAAAGGGUGUUCCUUCAGCCCCAUUUGUAUAUUUUAUUGCAUCUUUCCUCCCUGUGACGGCAGGCAGCUAUAAACUCCUCCGCAGUUCCAAUGAAAACUGUCCAUGAUGGGAUUUGUGGAUUAAACAGAUAUUUCAAAAUGUGGGCCAAAUAAAACAAAACCAAUCUGCAUAGU